AUGAUGAUUGAACAGCCGGAGAACAUCGGCCAUCGCUUCAUAGCACAACAGCCCAGAGAAUCGGCUUUGGUUGCUGCUAAAGCACUUCUAGCUUAUUCAAAGGGAAAAACUUGGCAGCAAUUAGCUCGAGCGAAAGAAAGUGAAGUUGUUGAAGCUCCAUAUUGUGAAAGACUAUCCGCUGAAGAACUUGAAAAAUCCGCCAUGUCAUAUAGAGAUGUAUAUAGAGUGAAUCGUAGUAGAUCAGUCGAUCUCUCCUUCAUUUCCAGAGAGAAAUAUCUUUCUCGUUGGUCCCGUGAAAACACUCCUACCGACAGUACAGCCAACUAUGAACGUUACGUUCGUCGUAGUUACACUCCUGUUCGUGAAAUUUCCGCUGUUGAGCGAGUAGACGAUAAUAGACACGGACCUCGCACUAGAUUACGUUCUCCCUUGGCCAUGGUUACUGCCCCUUACCACACUAACGUCCAUUACCGCUCUGAGCAAGAACCAUUCAGAAAGUACGAUGUAUUCGGUGGCUUGAGAACCUGGAGUUAUCCUAUUUACAAAUAUGUCUAUGGAAGUCAACAGGACUAUCGUCGACCAUACUCAUAUCGUUCAUUUGAGCGGCAGUAUGGAACUACUUCAUCCUAUACACCUCCUCAAAUGACAGCUGAAAGUAGUCGAAUUACAACAAGACGAGGAUACUCUGGGUACAACUACAUGGCCACAGAAACAAAUUUCGAUAUUGCCAGCCAACCGAAAUCUCUCAAAAACUAUAUGUAUAGUCGUAAUUAUUUGGGAACAGCUAAUGCUCCAUCGUAUUGGUCAUAUUAUGGAAACAGCUCUCUUCGCCACUUCAAUAGCUAUCGUCCACACAACUACACCGCCAGUACAGCUAGCUGGUCAAGAUAUUACUAA